GGCCAAAGCAAGCAGCGCCAGAGCAGAGUGACAACCAGUUCUUGAGAGGAAAAUGUCGUCGCGUGUUUUAUUCGUGCUGCUGGGAUGAUUUGCGGUCGUUUCGAGGCAUCGCAGAGGGUAUUGUGUUGCUAAAUGGAGUCUGAGCAGCUGUUCAACAAAGGCUACGGCAGGAACAGCUACAACAGCAUCACCAGCGCCAGCAGCGACGAAGAGCUCCUCGAUGGUGCCGGCGUCAUCAUGGACUUCCACACCACCGAGGAUGACAACCUGCUCGACGGGGACGCGUCUCCAGGGUCGAACUACGCCAUGUCUAAUGGAGGGGGCGGAGCUGGGGCCAGUAGCUCCACCCACCUGCUGGACCUGUUGGAGGAGCCCAUUCCAGGUGUGGGAACCUACGACGACUUCCACACCAUCGACUGGGUCAGAGAGAAGUGCAAAGACCGAGAGCGACACCGCAAGAUAAACAGUAAAAAGAAGGAAUCAGCAUGGGAGUUCACCAAGAGUCUGUACGACGCCUGGUCCGGGUGGCUGGUGGUCACGCUAACAGGACUAGCGUCAGGAGCGUUAGCCGGAGUGAUCGACAUCGCGGCCGACUGGUUGAACGAUCUGAAGGAGGGCGUGUGUCUCAGUGCCAUGUGGUUUAAUCACGAGCAGUGCUGCUGGGACUCCAACGAAACCACCUUCGCCGAGAGAGACAAGUGUCCUCAGUGGAAGACGUGGGCCGAACUCAUUCUGGGUCAGGCCGAGGGUCCAGGCUCAUAUAUAAUGAACUACUUCAUGUUCACGUUUUGGGCGCUGUCCUUCGCCUUCCUGGCCGUGUCUCUGGUGAAGGUGUUUGCGCCGUACGCCUGCGGCUCUGGAAUACCUGAGGUUAAACAACAAAGCAUUUAUAUUUAUUCAAUGAUUUCGAACCAUAUAAAAUAAUUAUAUUUAUAAUUUAUAAUUAUAUUUAUAAAACAAAUAUAUAUCAGUCUCGGGAAGGAAGGUCCGCUGGUCCACGUGGCCUGUUGCUGCGGAAACAUCUUUUCCUACCUCUUCCCCAAAUACAGCAAAAACGAGGCCAAGAAACGAGAGGUUUUGUCGGCGGCGUCGGCUGCUGGUGUGUCUGUGGCGUUUGGGGCUCCUAUCGGAGGAGUUCUGUUCAGUCUGGAGGAGGUGAGUUAUUACUUCCCUCUGAAGACUCUGUGGCGCUCGUUCUUCGCGGCUCUGGUGGCGGCGUUCGUGCUGCGCUCCAUCAACCCGUUCGGAAACAGUCGUCUGGUGCUGUUUUACGUGGAGUACCACACGCCCUGGUACCUGUUCGAGCUCUUCCCCUUCAUCCUGCUGGGGGUGUUCGGAGGCCUGUGGGGAGCCUUCUUCAUCCGGGCCAACAUCGCCUGGUGCCGCCGCCGCAAGUCCACGCGCUUCGGUAAGUACCCGGUGUUGGAGGUGAUCACGGUCGCUGCCAUCACGGCCAUCGUGGCGUUCCCGAACCCGUACACGCGGCAGAACACCAGCGAGCUGAUCAAAGAGCUGUUCACGGACUGCGGGCCGCUGGAGUCGUCUCAGCUCUGCCAGUACCGCAGCCAGAUGAACGGCAGUCAGGCGUAUCCCGCGGGAUCGGACGCCGCCGCCGCCCCCGGCGUCUACUCGGCCAUGUGGCAGCUCAGCCUGGCGCUCGUCUUCAAAAUCAUCAUGACCAUCUUCACCUUCGGACUCAAGGUGCCGUCGGGUCUGUUCAUCCCCAGUAUGGCCAUCGGGGCGAUCGCGGGGCGUAUCGUGGGCAUCGCUGUGGAGCAGCUGGCGUAUUAUCAUCACGACUGGUUCCUGUUCAGAGAGUGGUGUGAGGUGGGCGCCGACUGCAUCACGCCGGGACUCUACGCCAUGGUGGGCGCCGCCGCCUGUCUGGGCGGCGUGACGCGGAUGACCGUGUCUCUGGUGGUCAUCGUGUUCGAGCUGACCGGCGGGCUGGAGUACAUCGUUCCUCUCAUGGCGGCGGUGAUGACCAGCAAAUGGGUCGGCGACGCUUUCGGGAGGGAGGGGAUCUACGAAGCCCACAUCCGUCUGAACGGAUACCCCUUCCUGGACGCCAAGGAAGAGUUCACGCACACCACGCUGGCGCGGGAAGUGAUGCGUCCGCGGGGUAACGACCCGCCGCUGGCCGUGCUGACGCAGGACGACAUGACGCUCGCCGAGCUGCAGAGCAUCAUCUCCCAAACCAGCUGCAACGGCUUCCCCGUCAUCGUCUCCAAAGAGUCGCAGAGACUGGUGGGCUUCGCGCUGCGCAGGGAUAUAACCAUCGCUAUAGAAAACGCCCGGCGUAAGCAAGAGGGAAUAAUGCUGAACUCGCGGGUCUAUUUUACCCAGCAUGCCCCGACCCUCCCGGCCGACAGCCCGCGGCCGCUGAAGCUGCGCAGCAUCCUGGACAUGAGUCCCUUCACCGUCACCGACCACACGCCCAUGGAGAUCGUGGUGGACAUCUUCCGCAAGCUCGGCCUGCGCCAGUGCCUCGUGACGCACAACGGGAUUUUAUUGGGCAUCAUCACAAAGAAGAAUAUUUUAGAACAUCUGGAAGAGCUCAAGCAGCACGUGGAGCCCUUGGCGCCUCCUUGGUAUUAUUACAAAAAAAGAUAUCCUCCGUCAUAUGGCCCAGAUGGCAAACCAAGACCCCGAGUCCAUAAUGUUCAAUUAGCGUCCUCCCCUUCCCGCUAUGAGGAAGAUGAGAGUGAAGAGGAGGUCCGUUUACUGGACAACUCAUCCCUCUGACCACAUGCCCCUACGGUACCCUGAACCGCCUAAGUACAAAACAAAAAACACUACGCCAGAUGGGACCCCAUCCUCUGGAUACUUGCACAAGACUCCAAAGCGAGUCUUUCGAGGAAGAGCCUUGGCUGCUUGAAAAUCGUAAGAAUUUUGGGAGAAGCUCGAGUCUUGGACGUCCCAAGUGGAUGAACUUUCUACAAACGCUAACACGCUAAACUAACUCUCACACGCACAUGCAAAAACACCCAAGACACCUCGCGGGUCCUGCUUAUUUGGCCUCUUAGCCUGAGAAAAUGCAUCCUGAAGAGGUGAAAGGUCAAGAUGAACCGCUCGAAACGCGGGGAGGGACCUUCACCGCUGACCGCCGUGACCCUCACUGCCCCACCACGACCUGAAAUGGACCCAUAACAUUGUUUACUUGUUAAGUGUGUGAGAGAUACAAGAACGACGGAAAACAAGAUCGUUUUUGAACGCACCCCAACAUUCCAGUCAGGAUCUGAUGCCGUGAAGCCGAAGAAACGCUCAGUGUCCCGGUUCGUAAUGGAUACGUCGCCCCGUGCAAGUGAUUUUUGCGAGCGACCCGUGAGGAUCAAGUAUUCAGCAUUGCGAGAUGAUCAAACAUACAAGCGUGGGUUUUGUGCUACCUAGUGAAAGGUUGUUGGGAGGAGAACAGUGAAAAUCGUCUUCAUUAAUCGUCUUCAACCUCAACACUACGGCGGCCAGUCUGAACCACAGUGGGUUUGUAGGUAACGAGCCAAACGAGUCUGUCUGACAGGUCUUUAUGAAGUUCUGUGCUUUUCAUUACUGGGAAUGAAAAACCAAGACGCUUUUCUUUUACAGCUGCUAUAUUGGCUAUUAUAUUUAAAUGUACUAAGCAACUCCUAAUAGUUUGAAAAUUUAAUAAUGUGACUUGAUCAACUUUUUUUAACUUCGCAAACCAAGCAUUACUGUUCAAACUUGCCAUUCUCUGUAUGCUCACAUUUCGUCCAACGUGAUAUAAGUGUCUACUGCUGUUCAUCCUCGUCAGAUGGCCCUGAAAUCAUACAUUAAACAUCUCCAAUUGUUUAUCCACAUCUGACGGUUAAAGGAUAAAUCCCACAAAGAAAUGCCCAGGUCAUAUUUCAUCCCAAAAUAAAAUAUGUAUUUGGUGUAAUAAAAAUGAAGCCCAUUUUCAGACCAUCAUUACUUGCAUUUUUCAUUACAGUGAAGCAUAUUUUACCCCCAACUUCUUAUUUGAGAAAAUAUUGUUCCCAGUACUGAACCAUAUAUGCCAAAUUGUCAUGAAAACCAAGUGAAAAUGCAUAAAAAAUAUUGGUCCAAAAAGCAAGCUUCAUUAUGCUAAAUAUUUUUUCCUUUUAAAGGGGCAGUUCACCCAAAAAUGAAAAUUCUGUCAUUAAUUAC